AUGCUCGAUCUCGAGGAAAUCGAUAAGGAUCUUUACCGAUCCAAGAAACUCUGGCUGCCUAUGGGUGCCCGAGGUGUCUUUGGCGGUAAUGUUGUCGGUCAGGCCUUGGUUGCAGCCACGAACACUGUAUCCAACAACUAUUCUGUCCAUUCCCUGCACUCGUACUUUCUCCUGCCUGGAGAUCACUCGAUCCCCAUUCUGUAUCAUGUGGAGCGUCUAAGAGACGGAAAAUCAUACUGCACCAGAACUGUUACGGCAAAGCAACGUGGCAAAGCCAUCUUUGUGUGCACGGCUAGCUUCCAGGUCCCAGCCCCAAAUGCUCCGAGCCAUCAGUAUCCCAUGCCCAAUGUGCCUCAUCAUAGCACACUGCCAAGUCAAGAAGAGCUCUUGAAGUCCAUGAUUGACAAUCCUAAGGUCCCUGAGAAGUUUACCGAGAUCCUCAAGCUGCGCCUCGCAGAGGACACGCGGACGCACAGCCUGAAGGAUAUUACGAAUCCACCCAAGCGUACGGAGCAAACGUUCUGGAUCAAAUGCAAGGGCAAGCUUGGCGAUGCCUUGGCAUUGCAUCAGUGCGUGGUUGCAUAUGGCUCAGACCACAACUUGCUGGGAACUGUGCCCCUGGCCCAUGGUGCGACCUGGUUCUCGCGCCUUGGACCCAAUCCCAGGAUUACGAUGAUGGCGUCGUUGGACCACUCGAUGUGGUUCCAUUCUCCAUUCCGUGCCGACGAGUGGAUGCUCUAUGUGUGCGAGAGUCCUCGAUCGGGCUGCGAUCGUGGAUUGACAUUUGGAAGGAUCUACAAGGAGGACGGCACGUUGGCAGUGUCUGUUGCACAGGAGGGAGUUGUGCGCCUGAGGACCAACCCAGUGGAGCCCAAGUUGUAG